AUGGAGUACGAUACAGAGGAGAAGAUUGCUGCCUUGAGUGUCAUUGAACUCCAGUACCUCAAAACUUGGCAGCGAGUUGAAGACUUUGGUUCGGUCGCAGACACAGUAUUCGAGCACUAUGUCAAAAUCCCCAUGCGCGAUGGUCGCGAGUCAAUAUCCCGCAUCUACAUACCAUACCCGCGAGAGGACGCAAGGUCGUCGCCCGUCAUCGUCCUCCUCCAUGGAAGCAGAUUCAUCAGAGGCGAUCGUCAUCACCAGAACCCCUUCGCCAAGAUCUUGACUCGGCUCUUCAACGCAACGGUCAUCUGCCUCUCCUACCGCCUGAACGCAGCCCAUCCUUUCCCCGCAGCGCCCCACGAUGUAGAAGACGGGCUCAAGUGGAUUGCCGAGAACGCCGACACACUAGACGUCGACCUGAGUGCAGGCUUUAUCAUUGGAGGCCCAUCCAUUGGCGCGAACCUCGCGGCUGUGACGGCCCAAAAGACGGUGGAUGGCACCGUGGUGCUCAAGGCCCCUCUCACCGGUGUCUGGCUCAUGGCUCCGCUUCUCCUCGAGGAAGAGAUCGUGCCUCCCGAGUAUAAGAAUUUCUUUUUUGCAAGGGAGCAGAAUGCCAAGGACCCAAUGCUUAACAAAGCAGACUUUGAGCAUUUCAAAUCCAAGUACCUACCUGAUGUCAGAUCGGCAGAUUAUUCGCCAUUCAACUCUAACAGUCCUCAUGUCGGGAUGCCACGGACACAUCUGCAGGUUGGGGGUCUGGAUUUCCUUAGAGACGACGGGCUAGUCUACGAGAGAGCCCUGAGAGCUCACAAUGUUGAGACUCGGCUGGACGUGUAUCCCGGCGCUCCCCACGGGUAUCACACAUUCUUCGGAGUUAAAUCCGCGGUCAAGGCGAAUGUUGAUGCUUUCAAAGGUCUUCGUUGGUUGCUGAAAUCGGGGGUCUCAGACGAUGAGAUUGUGAAGGCAGUUUUUCCGGAGAUUACUAGUUUGUGA